AUGUCAAAAAUGUUGACAGAAUAUUCCGCUACAGUAGCAAUGGUGACAUCCAUGAUGGGCCCAAGCAUAUACUUCACUCCGGUUGCGUUCAGGUUUGUAGGAUACGUUUAUGGAUGGAUCAUUAUCUUCAUAGUUGCUGCACUUACGUCAUUUUCUCUGUAUUGUAUAUCAUACUCUGCAAUGAAAAUGCCUGUAGGACCAACAUAUUCAUCGCUGGGUGCUCACAUAUCUCCUAAGCUCAAGCAUGUCCUCGAUGCAUUUGUCAUUGUAAAUAGUCUAACCGCAAAUUUUUGUCUUUAUAGGUAUCUUUCGGAGUUGAUUGUGGCUGCGUUUCCGACGCUACUGCUUGUCUUUCCAAGUUAUGAGGCCGCUAGAAAAGGUGUUGUGGUUGCUCUUCUAGUUCCGUUUUUUAUUCUUUCUUUUCAUAAAAACCUCUCUAGCUUAAGAUACAUAUCAUUCGCAAUGGUAAUUUCCAUUGUGUACUUCAUUUUUCUUCUCAUAUCCUACAAUCUUCUUUUCUACUCCGAGCAUUUCACCCAUGAGACGUCUCCUUCGGAAAGUAGAUUCUCCUUUUCUAUUCCGAUCUUCAUAACUGCAAUGGCAUGUCAAUCAAAUAUGGUGAAGGUUCUAGAUGAGAUGGCAAGCCAUUCAAUGAGAAAAGUCAAGUUUGUAUCAAUAUGGAGUGGUGUUGGAGGUGGAUUGAUCUACGGGUUAAUAGGCCAUCUUGGAUAUUCAUUGUUUGGAGACGGGCUCAACGGAGACUUGCUAAGAAUGUUUGCAGACAAAAACUCUGUGAUAAAUGCCCAUCUAGCAAGAACUAUUGAUAGAUAUCUUAUGUCUUCAAGGGUAGCUGUGUUUGGAUCUAUGCUGAUCUUCAUCGGGAGUUUUCCAAUGCAGCUGAAUCCACUAGUUACCACUCUAUUCAAUGUCUUUCCAGAAAGUAGAAGAACAGAAAAUAUCCGGCUCCUUUUGAUGACCUUUUUGAUCUUGCUUUGCUUCUUGUUGGCUUUAAUAAGAGAUCUAUCUGCAAGCCUUGUAAUAAGCAUAGCGGGUGCAACAAUAACAAACUUCUUGUCAUUUCUCUUCCCAUUUCUCUUCUUUAUAUUGGCCAAGAAGAAACUCUCUUGCAGUACGUUUCUAGCUGCGCUAUCAAUGGCGGCUUGUGUUUCUAGCUCCAUAUACAUGCUGUUCAAUAUAGCAAAUAAAGGAAACGCCUAG